AACAAUCGAAUAAAUGACAUAGAAAUAUUUAACAUCAUUAAAGAAUUGGGAUCAGGUGGUUUUGGUAGCGUGUUUGAAGUGAGACACAAAUACACUGAUCAAAGAUUUGCGAUUAAAAAAUGUCAAUUAUAUGAUUUAUCAGAAAAAAAGAAACAAAAUAUUUUGACUGAAACAGAAAAAUUACUAAAAUUGCGCUCACAUUAUGUCAUUCAAUACUACUAUUCAUGGAUUCAAAACAAUUGCUUAUGUUUUCUGAUGGAAUGUUUGGUCGGAAAUUUAGAACAAGUUUUGAAAACAAAGAGUAAAUUAUUUGGGAAAAUAAUGACUGAAUUUGAAUAUUAUAUAUCAUAUGAAAUAUUCAAACAAUUGGUCGAAAGUGUGGAGUAUUUGCAUAAAAAUAAUAUCAUUCACAGAGACCUCAAACCCGAUAAUGUGUUGAUUGAUAACACAUAUUCCCGUUAUAUAACUUUAUGUGACUUCGGUUUGUCUAAAGAAGUGAAAGUAUUAAGUGAUCGAUACAAACAAAGUAAUGUUAAAAAUACAGAUAUUUCUGAUAGAAAUAUCAGUUAUAUGGCACCCGAAGCCCAGUCGGGCACCGAUUAUAACCAUUUAAUAGAUGUCUAUAGUCUGGCACUCAUUGGAGCGAAAAUAUUUGGUUUCGAUUCCGACGAUAUCAGAGACGGAAUAUUAAAUAACGAAUGCAACUUCUCAAUAAGAAACGGCCAGAUGCACGACAAAAGUGUUCCCUAUAGAGAGGGUUCCUCCAAGGGAGGUUCUGUUAUA